GAAUCGGCCUAAAUGUUGUCAGCACAUUUUUAGAAUUGCGGUUUCAUCUGAUUUAACCACUUAAUCGUCAAAUUUCGCCGGCGGGUGAAUUUUAGUUGCACCACCCCUUCCCCGCAACAUGCUGGGUCAAUUUUCGGCAUCAUAAGGUUGAGUGAUAUAGUCAUGUCAUACACCGUUUGAAAGCUUAGAUUCUCAGGAUUUUCAACCAAUGUCAACCAUUCGGUGGAAUAAUUAUGUUUACCGAUCAAAUGUAUCCUAGUGUCUUGGGUCAAAAUGGCCGCCCUCCCCCUCCCCCUCUUGGUGCAUUCUUAACUUAUCGUCGUUGUUGAUAUCCUUAGCAAUGAGGUUUUUUAUACCAUUGCGGUUUGCACUUUUUAAGUAAAAAUAAUGGCUUAAGCACUGUGUUUUUGCAUUUUUGUCAAAAUUGCAUAGGCGGAAUAGCUAAAAAUCUGAUUUUUGAGUGAUUAUGCCUUCAUUUGAAACCAAUAUUAUGCUUCUACAUGUUUGGGUUCAUGUGUAGUAAACCUUUUGUUUAAAGUAUGCUUUUUGGGUAGCCAAAGGUCUUUUUUGGAGUCUCCAAAAGGACCCUGACCAAAACGAAUUGACAUAUCCAUGCAUAAAAUGCUUGGUUUUAGAGGUGUGUGUAACCGGCUGGAAGGAAAAGCAAUAUUGUUCCCUUCCCUGCACUGUCUGUACCUGAUGCAGUUAUUCUGAUGUCAUUCAAUUCUACAGGUUCUCAGCUUUCCAAAGAGCAAAUGCACUGGUAUUAUAGUUUUGAGUUUAUCAAUUCUGUUCUGCUCUCUCAACAGGUCCUGCAAUUUUUGUCAUCCAAACCAACCCAAACAACCCUUUUUCUAAAACCUCGACCCAAAGGCACUUUUAAGAGCCACAUCUGUCUUGUCAACCUGUCCUUGCAGUGUUGUACUUGUAAGCGUCUGUCUGUCUCUCUCUCUCGCUCUCUGUUGCCUGUCACCUGUGUCUGUCUGUCUGUCUGUCUGUCUGUCUGUCUGUCUGUCCCCUUCAUCAUGAGUGAUUCAGAACUCCAGAAUCUGUUUUCGAGGGUGGAUAACAUGGCUGUUCAGCAAGAGGUCAAUGAUGUCCUCCAAGGGGUUGAUGACUUGAUUGCUGUGGUGCAGGAUGAGCAAGCAGCAGCACCGCCAACCAUGAGGUGGAAGAAGAGAACCAGUGACGGGAACUUAAUUCAUGCAAGACCACGAUCAGCUAGGAAUCAGUCCAAUCAGGUUACAGCUGGUAACAGCAGUGGACUUCAACAGCAGAAGACUCAUCCCAACAAAAAUGCUCCUGACUCAAACUCUGAGGUGGUCUUUGCUCCUGAUAACGUUGGUAUGUAAAACAUUUCUUUUUAAUAAUUGGUGAACAUUAAUUAAUAGGAAAUUCUUACUUGUAUCUGUAUGAUGUAUGUGUUACAGAGUUAAGAUGUAAAGUCCAUGUUGCAGUAAUUAUGAACAUGGUAAUAGUAAUUUCACCUUUUAACAGCCAUUCCAUAAAGACACUUUAAAUAAAAAACGGACUCUUUUGUACUAUUUUAACAGAUGGAUUUCUACGAGAUCUCCAGCAAUCAUUGAGCGAUGCAACAGGAGAUGGGGUGGAAUCACCAACCCCACAAGCCUCUCUUUCUGCUUCAUUAAACUGGAGCACAAGAAAGAGCAAUUCUUCGGAGAGCUGGAAGGCAGCGAGACCUCGUCUGGUUAACACCGCACUGGCACAAGAAAAUGUGGGAACCCGAAAGUGCCAACAGUGUUGGAGCAAUUUAGCUGUUGUUCGUUGUCGUGAUUGUCUACCACGGCCCUUAUUCUGUGCGGAGUGCGACGUCGUCAUGCACACCAGACACCCCCUUCACAACCGAGAUGCCAGUACUUUGGGAUUUUUCCAGCCAUUGCCCCCAACAACUACUGUACAGAAUAUGGACCUUUGCCAGUGUGUGCGGUAUGUACCUGUGGAGAUCCCUCGCCAAAUCUGUGGUUGUCCAACAGAGGCACUGAGGCUCAAACCAGGAAAAGCUGUGGCUGUGAUCACAAUGAAUGGGAGACAUGAGCUCAGCAUGCCUGAGUUGGCAUGUGAAGCGUGCAAAGCCACAUGGACUGCUGGUGUUGACGGCAUUCUUCACAGCGACUACUGGCCAGCUACCCUGAACUUUGCCACCAUUUAUGGAACUGAUGUUUUUGCUUCAUUUGAAGAAAUGAAAAUGGCAGCACCUGGAUUGUCCUGUCAGGCAUUUUUAAAAAUGUUGGAUCAGAGAACUGUCCGCUUUGGCCGUACUGGGAAGAUCUCAGCUGACACCUUCGCCAAAAGCUUUUUUGAGUGGGAGGCUGUCCAAUAUGAGAUGGACAACAUAUGCAAGGAGGAGCCAUUCACCUGUCCUGCCUGCAGCCCGGAUAUGCUUGCGGUUUCCGUGGAUGGUAACCGCAAGCAUUACCGCUUCAAGAAUGCAUCUAGUGCUGAGGAACAGGCCAUAUUUGAUGGCGUCUUCAUCGCGAAGGAUGACGACGUCGCAAAAUUUGUGAACUACAUUCACACCACAACCAAGCAUGUGCCCGGAAGAGGCGUUUGUGGGGGGGAAUGGUCGGCGGCUCGAGAGACCUCCAAAAAAUCUGCCAGCAAGCUGGAUGAAGAGGGACUGGAGCUUGCUGUGUGUCGGCAUGGGCUGCUCCUAUGUGCCCUCAAUAUGUUCAGGGGAGAGAUCUUUGCAUAUCCCCUGUACAUACAACGAAAGCUGGCCAACCUCACGCCGACCUUUUAUUGCAUGGAUGUCACAUGUAAAUACUGGCCCUACCUCAACAAGGUUGCAAGAAGCUGCCCAGAGCUCCAGCAUCUGCUCAGCAUGAAGCCCUUCCUUUCAGUGUUCCAUGCCAAAGCCCACGAUUACAAAUGUGACGUAAAAUGGAGUGGUGCCUAUCAAGAGGGGGCUGGAUUGACACUAGGGGAGGAGGUAGAGCAGGUCAAUGCCUUCCUCUCUCGGAUAGCAGUGACCACCAAACACAUGUCCAAAGCAGGACGCACAGACAUGCUCACCCUCUUGGCCAUGCGCUGGAAUCAGCAAAAGACUGACAACUUGGCCACCUCACUGUCCCGCAGAUAUCUGAGGACCACAAAAGCUCUGGAUGCCCAAAAGCGGAACAUGGAGUCCAUGAAGACCGAAUUGGACGUCACAGAGAACCAGAUGGAGGACUGGGUCAGUGACGUGAAGGAUUGGGCAGACGCAACAACCAUCAACACGACUGAUGUUGCCGCCUUGGCCAGCAGGGUCGAGGUGCUGGUUGCCAGUAUUAAGAGACGGUCGCAGCGUCUCUACAAAGACUGCGACAGCAACAAAGGUCGUGCCAGGAUCCGCCGCAAGAUCCGGGACGAGAGGGGGUUCCUGAGUUCUGUGGUGGAGAAGUACAACGGAAUGGUUCCCACAACAGAGACUCUGUGCUUUGAAAACAUUCUGUCUGGAGAGACGGCUUGGCCAUGGCAGCUACCACACAGUGACUCUGUUGACCUUCGGACCAAGAGGAGAGCAUUUGACCUGGUCAUGGCAGGGAAAAGAAUCCAGGAGGAGAAAAUGAUUCUUCAGAGGGAGAUGAAUCAGCACUGGAGGUCUCUGGGGAAUCGUGCUGACUCCCUAAAAGAGCUGUCCUGCCUUGUUUCAAGGGCUACAACAGAACAUUCACCUUGGGGCCUUACUGAGGAAGGGUUGACUGGUCUACAGUGCAUGAUCAAAAAGAAACGGCACUUCAUCACAAAAAUGAUGGCUAACGCGAGACACUGCUACCUACAAGUGUUGACUGCAGCAGAGGGGGCACAGAUGAUCAACUCCCAGGACACUUCUGAUGACUACUCGGACAAUGACUCUGACAUUUCGGAUGAUGCAUUUUAAACAAUGGCUAUGCUUUGAUUAUUUACCAAAUUAUUUUUAAUUGAUUUCAUACUCUAUUUAACUGCCUUUUAAAACCUUUGUGAAAUAACUAAUAAAUGUGUUUUUGCCUAAAUGU